CAAAAAGCGGAUAUGGAUGAAGAAAGCCGAGGAAGCGAAGCUGAAGAGCGAAGCGGAGAAGGCUGCCGCUGCCAAAGCCGCAUUCGAGGCCACCUUCAACAAAUCCCUACCUCAACAGCCCCAAUCUCCUUCUGCCGCGUCAUCCUCUUCCUCUGACUCUGACGAUGACGAGGGAUCGUCGGAGAGAGAGCGUCCCGUCGGGCCUGUGGACCCCGCGAAGUGCACGGCGCAAGGCGCAGGGAUUGCUGGCGGGACGGCGUGUGUGGGAGCCACGUUUACAGUGGUCACGAAGGACGCAGAGGGGAGGAAGGUGGUUCGGGGUGGGGCCCAAGUGAGAGUUCGCGUCGCCCCGGGAGUGGGAGUUGGGGGAAGUGAGCAGGAUGGGAUAGUGAAGGAUAUGGGGGAUGGGAGCUACAGUGUGACGUAUGUGGUGCCAAAGAGAGGAAAUUAUAUGGUGAAUGUCGAGUGCAAUGGGAAGCCUAUUAUGGGAAGUCCAUUCCCUGUCUUCUUUAGCUCAGGCACUCCAACUGGAGGGCUUCUUGGCAUGGCUCCAGCAGCUUCAUUUCCCAAUUUAGUUAACCAGACCAUGCCCAAUAUGCCAAACUAUUCUGGCUCUGUAUCUGGUGCUUUUCCUGGAUUGCUUGGUAUGAUUCCAGGGGUUGUUGCUGGGGCCUCAGGUGGAGUGGUUUUACCUGGAAUGGGGUCAUCUUUAGGAGAAAUAUGUCGAGAAUACCUUAAUGGACGAUGUGCAAGUACUGAUUGCAAGUUUAAUCACCCCCCUCAUAAUCUGCUGAUGACUGCUUUAGCUGCCACCAGUACAAUGGGAACUCUUAGUCAAGUGCCAAUGGCACCUUCUGCUGCUGCCAUGGCUGCUGCUCAGGCGAUUGUUGCUGCUCAAGCUCUUCAAGCCCAUGCUGCAGCUCAAGCUCAGUCCAACAAAGACUCCUCUGGAUCAGCUGACAACGAGAGGAAGGCUGAUUCACUUAAAAAAACUGUACAAGUUAGUAAUCUCAGCCCACUGCUGACAGUGGACCAGUUGAAACAGCUCUUUGGCUUUUGUGGCACAGUUAUUGAAUGUACCAUCACUGACUCUAAACAUUUUGCUUAUAUUGAAUAUUCAAAACCUGAAGAAGCCACUUCUGCUUUGGCAUUGAACAAUAUGGAUGUCGGGGGUCGUCCGUUGAAUGUUGAAAUGGCUAAAUCACUUCCUCCAAAGCCCAUUUUGAGUUCACCAUUGGGUUCAUCAUCUUUGCCCAUGGUGAUGCAGCAAGCUGUUGCCAUGCAACAAAUGCAAUUUCAGCAGGCUCUCUUGAUGCAGCAAACAUUGACAGCGCAGCAGGCAGCUAAUCGAGCAGCAACUAUGAAGUCCGCAACAGAAUUGGCUGCAGCUAGGGCUGCAGAAAUCAGUAAGAAGUUGCAAGCUGAUGGACUGGUCAUUGAAGAAAAGGAAUCUGAUAAAAAAUCUAGGUCACCAUCUAUAGCUCGUGCCAAGUCAAGAUCUAGGUCGAGGUCCAAGUCAACCUCUCCUAUUAAUUAUCGGUUGAGACGCAAGUCCCGCUCAUCAUCUCCUCCUACUCGCCGUGGCCGAGACUAUAGAUCCAGAUCACCUGUGAGAUCGCGCUACUACUCAAGUUAUGAAAAAGAAAGGAGAUACUACAGGAAUAGUAGGGAUAACAGUGACAAAAGUAGGAGGCGAGAUUCAGGUAGAUCACAUGAUAAUGGUUCCCCUGUUUCCAGGAGAAAGAGGAGCAGGAGUGUGAGUCCUCGACCUAAGAAGUCAUAUCGGGAUGAUGUAAGCUCACCAAGACGCCGUCGAGAAAGUCCAAAUGAGAGGACAAGGAAGUCAACCCGGUCUGAUUCCAGAUCUCCUCGCCAUCAUAGGAGGUCUUUAUCCUCAGGAGAGGAUGCAAGUAAAUCAAAACAUAGAAGGACCUCUUUGUCAAGGUCUGAUGAAGUUAAGCAUCACUCAGAUGAUAAAAAGGACAGCAGAAGGGAAGAGAAGUCCAGCAACCGGAAUAGAAGACGGUCCAGAUCAGCUUCAGUGGAGGGUCGUAAUCAUGGACGAAGAUCCUCCCCUAGAGUUUUGGAGGAGAGCAGAUCAAGACACAGAAGACGCUCAAGGUCCAGAUCCCUGGAAGUUAAACAUCAGUCAAGUGAGAAAAAAGAAAGGAGCAGAGAGGAUAAAUCAAGAAACAUGGAUAGAAGGCAUUCUAGGUCAAGGUCUCCAGAAGUAAAGCAUCGCAAAGGCAGUAAGACAUUGUCACGACGUUCAGAUGUGCGCAAGUCAAAACAUAGGAAGCGCUCUCGGUCAAACUCAACUGAUAAUUUAAAUGAUAUUGUUCCUAUUGAAAGCAAAGAUAAAGCAUCAAAGGCUGAGAAUGACAGAUCUGUCAAAUCUGAUGGUGUCUAUAUGGACAGGUUGAACGAGUCGUCGCACAUGAAGGAUGAAGAUGGUGGAAGUGAUGAAAGUUAUUCAAAAUAAUGCCAAAAGAAAUAAGAGUAAUGAUAGAGGAUGCUGUUGAAAAUAUGAAUCUCUGAUGUUUCUUCUUCGAAGAGCUUUAUGCAUGUUGUUUGACUACAGAUUGGUUGAAAGGAGGACCACUGAAGAACUGGGUUUUGUAUUUUAACGGUCAGAUAAUUAGGUAGUCUGACACUCUUCAAAUGUUAAAUGUACGAUGUGUUUGUUUCUUUUGCAGGUGUGAGGCUAAAUAUACAUUGGGGUCUGGAGCUGUCUAUUUGGUUAGAAGGGUUGAAGAAGUGAUCUGCCAAUCUCAGAUUCAACCAUGAAAAUGUUUUUUCCUGAACUGUUUAAUUGAUGUAUGGUGACCUCUCUAUUAGUAGGUAGUUGAAUUAUUAUUUGUGAUUUCA